UCCUCGAAAACGAGUCCCGUGAUGGGAGGCCAUAUAGCGUUACCAUACGCAGGGUGCUACAGUCUCUUCUGUGAGCCGCUCGGAGACACACAACAAAAGCGUCUUCCUCAAAGGUUUACAGUGAUGUUUACAAAAGUCAUGCUGCUGCCCUGCUUUCUGAUCGUCCUUGCCGAGUGUUCUAAUCACGAAGAGAAGGCUGCAGUGGGACAAGCUGUGGGUGCUCUACUAAGCGUAGGGGCGGAAACAUCUUGUUCGUUAAUCAUUGUCACGAACACAAACAUCGAUGAAACUCUGAAGUUACAAGAACUAAGGCAUGUGUGGCGAAAAGCAGUGACGAUGCUUGAGGUUGAGGACGACAACCAGUACACUAACACGACGCACACCCUGUCUCUGAUGGUGCCGGUUUUGCGCCAGGUGCGUCGGUUGUCGCAGUGUACAUUGGUUCUGGUGGUGAGUCACGAUUCGAAAUUUCUUGCCGCCUUCGCCGAGUGGUCCAUGAAAGGUCGUCUGUUAGUGUGGGCCACUAGACUGAUGGUGGUGACCCGCCUGGCCCUUCCGCAGCUCCAGCCCCUUUUGACCGCUUAUUGGACUUAUUCUAUGAUGAACGCUGCCUUUUUAAGUCUAAAUGAUGUUUCCUCCAGUUAUCCGGUUUUUACCUACCUGCCGUACACUCCAGCUGGGCCACAAGUGGUGCAUGUGGCCUCCUGGACACCUCUACUAGGUGUUGUUGUCACCGAGGGCCACAUGCUAUUUCCAGAAAAGUUUUCAAAUUUCUACGGCACCCGGGUAAACGUGACUGCCCUGCCUUUCGCCCCAUUCUGGGAGGAACGAAAAGGCCUCGGCAACAUCACGUUGUACUCAGGCACAGACUACUAUACCCUGGCUGCCAUCGCGUCUGCCCUGAAUUUUACGAUAUAUGUGGUCCCCACCUCAUCCUGGGCAGAGGUGAGACGCAGAUAA